UUUCGUAUUAAAGUAGGAAUCACAAUUUUGUAUUAAAGUAGGAAUCACAAUUUUGUAUUAAAGUAGAAAUCACAAUUUUAUAAGAUUAAACAAAGAAGAAAGUCAAUAAGUUUAUACGUCAAGUGUGCCCGUGAUCAACCAAGAAUUGAACAAGACUUUAUAUCUAUAUGCAAUUGACAAGAAGUAAAUAAAUUAAUGGAAUAAUACAUUUAUUACAUGGCAUCACAGCACAUACCAAGGCAUUCUUCAGCACAGCAACAACAGAGAAUGGCUGCACAACAUCCACAGAAAGAUGAACAGCAUCCUCCUCCGUUAUUUUGUUGUGGUUGCUGGACGUACAUUGGCUGUUGUUGUUGGUAGUAUCCUUGUGGAGGCCCUUGUUGGUAGUAUCCUUGUUGUGGAGGUGGUCCUUGUUGGUAGUAAGACUAGACAAACCGUUAGUAUUGCAAUUUUGACAGCGUGCCGGUCCCCCGACCGAGGGCGCGCCCGGCCGCCGCCCACCCCCGUAUCAAUUUACCACAAUCGGCAAUUUCAGAGUAUAAACAGGUCGUGUUCCCGUCAUUUCAUUCACCGACUAAUUGAGGAAGCCAGGGAGAAUCAAGAAUGGUCAGAAUGGUCAGAUAAUAGGAAGUGAUCAGAAUGAUCAGGAAUAGGAAGUGAUCAGAACGAUCAGGAAUAGGAAAUGGUCAGAACGAUCAGGGAAUUAUCGGAGGAAAUAAAGGAGGUCAAAGAGAGGGAGCUCAAUGAAAAAUUUGAAAAAUCAAAUUCAACGGGAGGACGGACGUAAUUCAAACAUACCAUUUUCAAAAACAAGAAGCUAAUAAAAAACUAAUGUUU